AUGCCUCCAGAAUCAGAAGAUUGUACGAGACAAAAAUCAAUGGCUCUCGCGGAAUUCGGUGAAGUCCUUGAUUUGCAUCAACAGCUCGGAUCGCAGCUCCACCGUUACCGCAGUUCAGAGGUGCUGGCUGUCCCAUAUAGUUGGACGUCACGACAGGACCUUUUUGAGGAUGGAAUGAAUGGACACAUCUACGAAGAAUGGUGCAAGUCUCACUCUUCUUUCUGCAUGGGAAAGCGAUUGAGCUUUUUAACUUUGAGACGCGAGAGCUCAUCUGCAAGAACCCGCGGAGGGCCUAUUUCUACCGAUGUUUCAAGCAGCCAAACUUGCUUUUGA